AUGGCUGAUACCGCACCCGCUGCUCCGGCACCCGCCAGCCCCACCAAGGCGAAGAAGCCGAAGGCCGCCAAGACCGGCGCCAAGAAGGUCGUGCCGACGCACCCGCCGACCGCCCAGAUGGUCAACGCCGCCAUCAAGAACCUGAAGGAGCGUGGAGGCUCUUCUCUGCAGUACAGAACUCGCUGGGAGUGGGUGGGAAAAGGAGAUUUUUUCCGGGAAUGGGACUCCUCGGGAGAAAAAUUUACUCCCGAUGGACUCACUACUCUGCAGGCCAUCAAGAAGUACAUCGCCGCCACGUACAAGAUCGACGCCGAGAAGCUGGCUCCGUUCAUCCGAAAGUACCUCAAGUCUGCCGUCACCGCCGGCAAACUGGUACAGACCAAGGGCAAGGGCGCGUCCGGCUCGUUCAAGCUGAGCGCCGCCGCCGCCGCCCCGAAGAAGGAAAAGGCCGUCAAGCCCAAGAAGCCGGCCGCCGAGAAGAAGGCCAAGAAGCCCAAGAGCCCCAAGAAGACCGCCGUCAAGAAGGUGACCAAGCCGAAGAAGACCGUGGCCGAGAAGAAGCCCGCCGCCGCCAAGAAGGUGGUCGCUGCCAAGAAGCCAAAGUCCCCGAAGAAGGACAAGAAGCCCAAGGUUGCCGCCGCCAAGCCCAAGACCCCCAAGGUUAAGAAGGUCGUCGCCAAGAAGCCCGCAGCCAAGAAAGCCGCCCCCAAGAAGGCUGCCACAAAGAAGGCCUAAGCCACUCGUCAAUUCCCCCCUAAAUCGGCCCUUUUCAGGGCC